AUGUCCUCAACACCCUCAAACCAAAUCACGGCUAUUGAGAGUCCAUCGAAAUGUGCUCUAGCCGAGGGCAGCCAUUCCCUUUCCACACCCGUCCGUUUCCUGAUACUCUCCGACACACACGGCGCUAAGCUACCAGAAAAGCUACCGCCAUGCGAUGUGCUAUUACAUUGCGGUGACCUCACAGAAAACGGCACCCCAGAAAGAAUCCGUUCGGCCCUCCAAGAUCUGGGCAAAAUCGAAGCUAAGUUGAAACUCGUCAUCGCUGGCAAUCACGAAAUCUCGCUUGACAAACUAGAGAGCACUUGCGCUGUUGAGCCCCGAGACAACUCUGAGGCGAGCAAGAAUGGCAUCACCUUUCUACGGGAAGGUACAUACACCUUUACGCUCACAUGCGCCGCGACUUUCACGAUAUAUGCCUCGCCGCACACUCCUAUUCAUGGUGCAUCAGCAUUCCAAUAUCCUUCCAACGAAGAUCGAUUCAAUUCUUCAGGUACCCCAUCGUGGGCUCAGAACGUCGGUACCGAGACCUCGACCAUCCCCGAGAACGUUGACAUCGUCAUGACUCACGGCCCACCGAAAUACAUUUUGGACAUGAUUGACGGCCAGAGCGCAGGAUGUGAGCACUUGCGACGCGCUAUCUCGCGAGUGCGACCACGACUGCAUUGCUUUGGGCACAUUCACUCUCCACGUCGCGGGUUCUACGAAGCGUAUGUGCUGGGGUAUGGAGGGGAAGCGGAGCUAGAUGCCGAUGCCGAACCCAUUGGAUCGAUAUUCAAAAUAUGGAUAGGAGAGAACUCAUGUCGGAAGAAGGGGUUCAGAAGCUUGACUCCGGGCGCUGCUCAAGAAUUUCGAGAGAGCAAACAGCAGACGUUGUGCAUCAACGCAGCAAUGGAGGGGGAUAAGCCAGGCCUGCUCGAACACCCACCCUGA